ACAGAUAAUCAUUUGCAAUAAUCACUGAGAAUGAAUACAACGAUUAGAUUGAGGUUUAGUCAAUGGUGCAACUGGUUAUGAAUAUUUUGUUAAUCACUUGUGGAUCACCUCUAAUAUAAAUGCGAAAUUGAGAAAAUUUAUUUAUGAAAAUGAUUCCAUCCAAGAGUAAAAAUGUUUCUUCAACUGUUAAUAGUCAGUCAAAUGUUGUUAAGAAGUUGAAAACAUCCAAUUCAAGUCCACCAGUUUUCGUCCGAUUACCGGCAACUGCUCAGUUCAUUGAAGGAGGGGAUGCAGUGUUUGAAUGUCAAGUAUCUGGCCAUCCAAUGCCCAGCGUUGUUUGGACUCGAAGAGGAGCCAUCAUCAAGAACGAUGAUCGUCAUACAGUUACUUAUAAUCCAUCCACUGGCCAAUCCAUUUUAUCCAUUGCAAACCUUACCAUGGAUGACGAUGGAGAGUAUAACUGUACUGCCUGUAAUACAGCUGGAGAAGCAUCUUUAACUGUUUCAAUCACUAAACAACCUCAGCAAACUUAUUUCAGGCAAAUUCAAGAGACAGAUAUCCAAUCUCGUCAACAACCAUGGAACCAAGGAGGACAAUAUAUGGGAACCUUACAACAAAGUCACUCUCAAACCAAGAUUCAUCGAGAGAAAAGCAGUUACAUGAUGGACUCAACAUCAGAUCCAACUUAUAACAGCGGAACAGAUCAGAACUUUCUUGUGGACACAUUUGAAUAUCGUCUGCUUCGUGAAGUAGAUUUUCGUGAAACAAUAAUCCGUCAUUACUACGAGACUCUAAACAUCAAUUAUGAAAGUGAGAACGAAAUUGUUUCAGGUCAACCUUUAUCAGCUCCUCAAGUCUUACAAAAACCAAGAAACUCAAAACUUGUUGAAGGAUCAGAUGUUACAUUCCAGGCUCAAGUAUCUGGUAACCCUCCACCAAAAAUAUAUUGGUUCAAAGAUGGCCGAGUUUUGUUACCUUCACAAAGAGUCUCAAUUAGAUUUCAGGAUAAUCUGGCAAUCCUUCAAAUUACUGAUGCAACACCAGAAGAUGCUGGUUACUACACAAUGUUAGCAGAAAAUCGUAACGGAAGAGUCGCUUCUUCUUGUCAUUUAGUUAUAGAAGCUUUAACUGCUUUUCAACCACAAACACCUGUUUAUCAAAGGCUGGACAGUGGCGAUGAUCCUUCUGGUGUGUCAAUGAAAGGAUUGAAGCCUAAUUUCAUCAAAAUCCCUUCUGAUGUUGAGGUACCUGAAGGCAAAAUGGUUCGGUUUGAUUGCAAGGUUGGUGGUCGACCAGCGCCAGAAGUCAAUUGGUAUCACAAUGGUAAUCAAUUAUUAGAUGAUUAUAGACACAAAAUAUUAAUCAACGAAGGUGGUGUUCACUCUUUAAUGAUUCCAUCAACACAUCGAAAUGAUAGUGGACGUUACACUUGUCAAGCUCGAAAUAAAACAGGAGAAGCUACUUUUGAUGUCAAUCUUUCCAUUAUUGAGAAAGAAAUGAUUGUUGCUCCUAAAUUUGUUGAACGCUUCAAAACAACUCACGCUCAUGAAGGUGAAUCUGUGGUGUUACAUGUUCGGGUUAUUGGUACACCGAUUCCUCGAUUAUCAUGGCAGAAAGAUGGCAAUCAAAUAUUUUCAUCGCCACCAAACUUGAUCAUUGAAACUAACAAUGGUGCUUCAUCAUUGUUUAUCAAUCAAGCCACUGCAGGUGAUGCGGGCUGGUACCAAUGUGUAGCUGCUAAUUCCGCAGGAACAGCAACUACUAGAGGUAAAGUCAAUGUGACCGUUGAGCCUUAUCGACAACCUGUUGAACAAACUGGUCUUUAUUUACCUAAACCAAGCAAGGUUAUUGAACCUGAGUCCGAACCACCGAGUGAAACUGUUUACUUGCGUCACAUAGAACGUCCAAAGCCUACAUUGAAACGACAAGAUUCAGAUGAAAGAUACCAUGCUACCAGACCUGCAUUUACUACUCAUUUAAGAGACCUUAAUGUUCGUGAAGGUGAUAGAGCUGCAUUUGAUGCUCGUUUGAUUCCAAUUGGAGAUCCAAAUUUAACUAUUGAAUGGUUCCACAAUGACAGACCUUUAGAGGCUAGUUCAAGAGUCAUGACAACUUUCAACUUUGGUUAUGUCUCCUUAACUUUGCUUCAUAUUACUCAAGAAGAUGCUGGCUUAUAUGUUUGUCGAGCAUCCAAUGAAAUUGGGGAAGCCACAACAACAGCAACUUUGAAUGUAUGCGUUAGGCCAACUAUCGAAAGAUCUACAGUUUUACCUGAAAGCCUGGAAGCGAUUAGGCACUUGGAAGACCACGAAAGGUAUCAAAGACAUCAAUCAGUUGACGAAACCUUCUCAACUCUUCCUCCGGUUUUUGUCAAAUCCUUAACCAAUUUGGAUGAUGCGGUUGAAAAUGGUUACGCUCAUUUUGAGGCUCAAAUCACUCCUGUCAAUGAUCCAACUAUGAAAGUUGAUUGGUAUUUCAAUGGACAGCCUCUUGCCAUUGGUUCGCGGAUAAGUACUAUUUUUAGCUUUGGUUAUGUUGCAUUGAACAUUUCUUAUUUGAGGAUUGAAGACUCGGGUGUUUACAUGUGUAAAGCAACCAAUUCCAAAGGUGAAGCUGUUUCAACAGCAACUCUGAAAAUUAGAGGCACUGGAACAGUUACAACACGUACUGAUUUAGAAGAGCAACAAGAGUUUAUCCGUAAAACUCAAGAACUUGAAGCAUAUCGACAAGCUUAUCAUGGAUCAGUUUAUGAAGAUUCACUCCCUUCUGAUCCUCCAACAUUCAAGCGCCAUUUAACCGAUCAAAUUAAUAUCUUGGAAGGAAGAACAGCUCACUUUGAAGGUACUUUGGAACCAACUGGUGAUCCAUCAAUGAAAGUUACCUGGUUAAAAGAUGGCUAUCCUGUGGAAGCUUCAUCAAGGAUAAAUAGUUUCUUCAACUUUGGUUACGUAGCUUUAACCAUCGAAAAACUUGAGCUUCGUGAUACUGGUCAAUAUACUUGUAUUGCUUCCAACAAUCAAGGUCAGGCUCAAACAUCAGCUAGACUUACUGUCAUAUCAAAAAAGUCAAUUAUAACCGAUGUUCAAUAUGAAGACGGUUGGGAAAAGAUUCGUCAUCUUGAGGAUUCGUCUCGAUAUCACGGGACUCGUGAAGAGGAAAUUGAAAUUAACGAGAAACCCAAGUUUACAAGUCCGUUGAUAGGACCUGAUAAUCUAGUUGAGGCCAAAUCUGCUCACUUUGAAACACGAUUAGAACCUAUGAGUGAUCCAACUAUGCGAGCUGAAUGGUUUUUCAAUGGACGCCCAUUGACAACUGGUCAUCGAUUUAAAACAUAUUUCGACUUUGGUUAUGUUGCAUUAGACAUUUUGUACGUUUUCCCCGAAGACACUGGUUUGUUUACUGUUCGUGCAACUAAUAAACUUGGGGAAGUUAGCUUGAGUAAACAAUUAACAGUAACUUCUCGAUCGUCUAUAGACACAUCAACAAUCCAUGAAACUUCAAUGAAACAUAUCCAAUACCUAGAGCGUGGUCAUGAUGAACCAUCAUAUGCAAUUGAUGAUUAUUCCAAAGUGAAACCUUAUUUUGUACAACCUCUUCGUAAUCCUAAUCAUGAGCUCCAAGAAGGAUCUAAAGUACACCUAGAAGCUCAAAUUGAACCUGUUAACGAUCCAUCUCUAACAGUUGCUUGGUUCUUCAAUGGAAAGCCUUUAAAAACUGGUUCACGAUUUGUGACACGAUUCGAUUUCGGUUAUAUAUCGUUAGAUAUUUUAGACCUUUUCUAUCAAGAUACGGGUGAAUAUACAGUGAAAGUAACUAAUCAACUAGGAUCCGCUCAUUCAUCUGCAUCUAUCAAAGUGACCAAAGAUUCAAGAGUUGUUACUGCAUCUCAAUACCCAGAUUCUGCUGAACAAAUUAGACACCUUGAAGAUCACUCAAGAUACAAGAGACAAGAAAUGGUGGAAACUUCAGUUGAUCGUGCUCCAAUUUUCACCAAACCAUUGAAAAAUGUCGAAACAUUUGAAGGUACUAAUGUUCAUCUUGAGAGUCGAUUACUUCCUUCUGGGGACAACUCAAUGGUUGUUGAGUGGUUUGUGAAUGGUGUUGCACUUCCAGUUGGCCAUAGGUUCCGUCCACGUUAUGAUUUUGAUUUCAUUUCCCUUGAUUUACUUGGUGUUUAUGCUCAAGACUCAGGUAUUUACACUUGCAAAGCUAAGAACGCUUUGGGUGAAGCCGUUACAAGUUGUAAUAUAACAAUUUAUGCAAAAGAUCCAUCAGUUAUCCAAGAAUCUCAACACCCAGAAGCUUACCAACAGAUUCAACAUUUGGAAGAUCAUUCAAGGUACAAAAGGUCAACUUCAACUGAAGAGAUAGUCGCUAUGAAACCCAAAUUUUUGAUGCGAUUCAAAGAUGUUGCAAUUCGUGAAGGUGGUGUUGCUCACUUUGAAUGUCGAAUUGAACCCAUAAAUGAUCCUAAACUUAGAGUUGAAUGGUAUCACAAUGGAGUUCAGAUGAUGGUUGGAAGUCGUUUUCAGCCUUUCCAUGAUUUUGGUUAUGUAGCUUUGAAUAUACUUAAAUGUAUUGAAGAGGAUUCUGGUGUUUAUACUUGCCGUAUUAUUAAUGAGUUAGGGUCGGCUGAUAUGAAUGUCAAUUUAAAAGUUUUAUCUGAAGCAUCAAUAGAGCUGUCAUCUAAUAAUCCGGAAGCAUUCAAGAAAAUAAGACAGCUAGAAGAUUACUCAAGAUACCAACGUGAACAAGUUGACGAAGAAGUUAUUCGUUCAGGUCCCGUUUUCACAACAGCUCCUAGAAGUUUGGUUAUCAAUGAAGGAGAAAGAGCAAGGUUUGAAUGUUCCUUAACUCCAGUUGGUGAUCCUAAUUUGAAGGUCGAAUGGUUCAAAGAUGGCAAACCAGUUAAACAAGGCACAAGAUUUGUGCAAAUAUUUGAUUUUGGAUUCGUUGCUUUGGAAAUUAUGGGAACUUAUGAGGAAGACUCUGGUCGAUAUACCUGUAAAGCUACCAAUGCUUUUGGCGAAGCUGUUACUUCAGCUGACUUGAAAUGUCAUGGAAAAAAAUCUUUGAUUACUGAGCCUCAACUACCCGAAAGUUUAGAAGCUAUACAGGCUCUUGAAGGUCAUGGACGUCGAGUGCGCGCCCAAAUUGAUGAACCUGUCACAACUCAAGCACCUAUUUUCACAUCUGCUAUGAAAAAUAUUGAGCUUCAAGAAAAUGGAUCAGCACAUUUUGAGACUCGAAUAAUUCCCGUUGGUGAUCCAACUCUGCAAGUUGAAUGGUUCCAAAAUGGGCUACCUUUGUUGCAAGGUUCAAGAGUACGAACACAACAUGAUUUUGGUUAUGUUUCAUUAGAUCUUCAACGAGUUUUACCUGAAGAUUCAGGUACUUAUACAUGUAAAGCAACUAAUGCAUUAGGACAAGCAAUGACCUCUGCAACUUUAAAAGUAACACCAACUGGUUCAAUCUUGGUUGAUUCACAAUUCCCUGAAGGAUUACAAAAAAUAACCCAAUUAGAAUCACAACAAAAAUAUGUGCGAGAACAAUUUGAUGAUCGUCCAACAGACUCAAAACCAGUUUUUGUAACUGCAUUAAAAGGUCCUUCCGAAUUAGUUGAAGGCUCAUCUGGUCACUACGAAUGCCGCAUUGAACCUUUUCCAGACUCAACAAUGAAGGUUGAAUGGUUUCGUAAUAACCAACCCUUAACAUUGGGGCAUCGUUUUAGAACAAUGUUCGACUUUGGUUUCGCUGCUCUAGAUAUACUUCAAGUUAUCUCUGAAGACUCAGGCGAAUACACAAUUAAAGCUUCAAAUCAUUUAGGAAGUGCAACCUCAUCCAUUUCUAUUCGAGUCAAGGGUAAAGAGUCCAUCAUUUUAGAGCCGCAGCAACCUGACUCUAUUGCCAAAAUCCGUGCCCUUGAAGGUCAAAACAGAUACUAUCGUGAAGAGAUUCGAGAUGUGGAAAUUCGAGAAAAACCAAACUUUGGUCGUCCAUUAUACAACCUGGAUAAUCUUCAUGAAGGGCAAACUGCUCAUUUAGAGGCAACAUUGACGCCUGUAAAUGACCCUUCAAUGCAUGUUGAAUGGUUUGUUAAUGGAGUCCCAAUAGCCACUGGAAGUCGAUUCAAAACAAUGCACGAUUUUGGAUACGUAGCUUUAGAUAUAGCCGAUGUAGUCCCAAGUGAUUCCGGUGUUUAUAUGUGUAAAGCUACUAAUAAAAAUGGUGAGGCUGUAGUUACUUGCUCUGUUCGUGUCACUGGAAGUUCACAUAUUGAAACGAACACUUUGCAUGAAGAAUCACUUGCACAAAUACAAAGACUAGAGUCAACUUAUGUAAGGCCAGUUGAAGCCCCUUUGCCUCCACAACAACGCCCUAUUUUUACUAAGCCGCUAAAAAGUUUGGACGGUUUGAAGGAAGGUCAAUCUGCUCACCUUGAGUGUCGAUUAGAACCCAUUAAUGAUCCCAAAUUGCGCGUUGAAUGGUUUGUCAAUGGAACUGCUAUAAAAACAGGACAUCGUUUCCGAACUACCCAUGACUUUGGCUAUGUAGCUUUGGAUAUUUUGUAUGUUUUCCCCGAAGAUUCGGGAACUUAUUUCUGUAGAGCAACUAAUGAACUUGGUGAAGCUGUUACUACAGCUUCCAUUGCUGUUGCCGCUAAAAAGUCAAUUCUCUCAGAUACUUAUCAUCCCGAAGGUUUGGAGAAGAUUGCAGCUUUAGAGGCUCAGGGAUUACCUCAAAGAGCUGAAAUCGAAGAUAGACCCAUUUCUAAGCCUGUUUUUGUUUCUGAACUUCGAGGUCGAACUGAAUAUAAUGAAGGUCAAGCUAGUCAUUUUGAAGGGCGCAUUGAACCCGCACACGACCCGAAUUUAAAGGUUGAAAUGUAUCACAAUGGAAAGCUUCUCUCGGCUGGUGCAAGAUUUCAUAGAAUAUUUGACUUUGGUUAUGUCGCACUUGAUAUAAUGUGUUUAGUUCCAGAAGAUAGUGGCACUUAUACUGUAAGAGCUUUUAAUCAACUUGGUGAAACUCGAAGUUCAAUCACUCUUCAAGUUCAUGGAGCGUCGUCCAUCCUUUCAGAUACUCUGCAUUCGUCUGCUCUCCCAAAAAUUCAUCAUCUCGAGAAUCCUGUUAUCGUUGAGAAAAAUCAGGAAGUAGCUACUUUUCAAAGGCCUGUUUUCACACAGACUUUGACUAACCUUGAUAAUCUGAUUGAAGGAGGAUCUGCUCAUCUUGAAUGCAGACUAAUCCCAGUCGGUGACUCUAAUUUAAAAGUUGAAUGGUUCCGUAACUCAGCACCAUUGCAAAUAGGAUCUAGAUUCAAAACUGUUCACGAUUUCGGAUAUGUUGCUUUGGAUAUCAUGUAUCUAAUGCCUGAUCAAGAUGCAGGUAUUUAUAUGUGCAAAGCAACUAAUCAACUCGGAGAAGCGAUCACCUCUUGUUCAUUAAAAAUUAAAACUAAAGCUGCGCUUGAAUUGGACACAAAACAUCCUGAAGGAUUACAAAAGAUUCGUCAGCUUGAGGAGUCAAGCAAUAAGAUUGAAGCUUUUGUUCCUGAAAAAAUUUACGAAAGGCCAGUUUUUACUGCACCUUUAUCUGGUCCCAAUGAAAUACAUGAAGGACAACCUAUUCAUUUUGAAGCGCGAGUUAUUCCAACAGAUGAUCCUAAUUUGACGAUCCAUUGGUUUGUUAAUGGAGUAGAGUUAAAAUCUGGAUCUCGAUUCCGUGUUGCCAAUGAUUUCGGUUUCGUAACUCUGGAUAUUGCCUAUGCAUACUCAGAAGAUUCAGGAAUUUACAUGUGUAAAGCAGUUAAUGCAGCAGGAGAAGCUGUUACAUCUGCCUCGGUUAGAGUUAAAUCAAAAUCAUCCAUCCUUUUAGACUCACUUCACCCAGAAGCAGUACAAAAAACUGCAUGGCUUGAAAAUGCAGCCUCGCGAGUUCCUGAAAGAAUCGAAACGAAAUCUGUUAAAGCUCCUGUUUUCACUAAACAUUUAACAUCUCACGAGAUGUUAGUUGAAGGUCAAAAUGUUCACAUUGGAGGGCGAGUUGAGCCAGUUGAUGAUGAAAAGUUAAUUGUUCAAUGGUACAAGAAUGGUAAAAUUUUGGAAGAAGCAUCAAGAAUCAUUUCUAGAUUUGACUUUGGCAUUGUAAGUUUAGAUGUUGUUGGUGUUAGGCCCGAUGAUUCGGGUAUUUACACUUGCAGAGCGGUCAAUGAAGUUGGUGAAGCAAUUUCUACCUGCACAAUCAAAGUGGAAGGUAGAGAAGGCUUGGUGCUUGGAACUGAACAUCCUGAAAGUCUACAAAAAAUUCGUGAACUUGAAUCAGUUCAAGUUUUGCGAAAAGAACCUGUUGAACCUGAAUUUUCAGCUCCUGUUUUUAUUACCCACCUGAAUAAUGUUGAGCUAAAAGAAGGAGAAACAGCUCAUUUUGAAUGCCGAGUUGAACCUUCUAAAGAUAACAGUUUGAAGAUUGAAUUUUUCCAUAAUAAUAGACCUUUGCAAACAGGCUCUAGAUUCUCAGUUAAAAACGAUUUUGGUUUCAUUACAUUAGACAUUUCAUCUACUCAGGCCGAAGAUUCUGGAAUUUACACCUGCAAAGCAACAAAUGCAAAAGGUCAAGCAUUAUCAACAGGAUCUUUGAAGGUUACUUCAAAAUCAUCAAUAAUUUUGACACCACAACAUCCAAUGGGACCAGAAGCUUUGGAAAAAAUUCAACAGUUGGAAGCUCGAUCAGGCUAUAUUACACCAAUUGUAGCUGAUAUCACUUAUCCUAAACCCUAUUUUGUAGUCCCUCUUCAACCUAAUUUUGCUACUGAAGAAGGUAAACCUCUUCAUCUCGAAUGUCGCAUUGAACCAUCAGCUGAUCCUAAUUUAACAAUUGAAUGGUUUGUCAAUGGGAAACAACUUGAUAUGGGAAAUCGAUUCAAUCUGAUCAAUGAUUUCGGUUUUGUAGCACUCGAUUUCAAGGAUACUUGGGAUCGAGAUAGCGGAAUUUACACAUGUAAAGCUAAAAAUGGUCAAGGUGAAGCUUUUACAUCAACAACUAUUCUAGUUUUAUCAUCUGAAACUUCAAUUAUCGAGUCGACUCUUCACCCAGAAGGUAAAAGAGGAUUGGAAGAGAUUCAAAGACUUGAGGAGUCAUUAAGGCGCAAAGAAAUCACUUUAGCUCCAGAAGAAGGCCGCGCUCCUGUAUUCACAAGCCAAUUUAAGCCAAUGUCUAAUUUGUCAGAGGGAGAUUCAUCUCACUUUGAGGCUACUCUUGAACCAGUUGGUGAUCAAACUAUGACCGUUGAAUGGUUCCAUAAUGGCAAAACUCUGAGUGUUGGUCAUCGAAUAAGAACUUAUUAUGCUUUUGGUUUAGUUCUUCUUGAGAUCGUUGAUUUGAGGCAUGAAGAUGAAGGUGAAUAUAAAUGUGUGGCCAAAAAUAAAUGGGGAUCAACUGAAGCUUUUGUUAAUUUGACCAUAAUUGAUCGAGAAAAAGGUGAAAAGCCUAAAUUUACAAGACAACUUAAUUCAUUAUCUAACCUGAAAGAAGGGGAUUCAGCUCAUUUUGAAUGCAAUCUUAUUCCAGUUGGUGAUCCUAAUUUGUUUGUUAAGUGGUUCCACAACCGAGUAGAGCUUCGUGAAUCAUCUAGAAUCAAAACCUUGUCUGACUUUGGUUUUGUUGUCAUGGAUAUUUCAUUUGCACACGAAGAAGAUUCAGGGGAAUAUGUUUGUGUUGCUACAAACAAAUAUGGUUCAGAUGUAACUCGUUGUAAUUUAUCAGUUACUGGCUCAGGAGGAAUAUUGAGAGAUUCAUUGCAGCCUCAAAGCUUAGGAGCUAUUGCUGCUCUAGAAGGAGCUAAUACCAGCUUUAGUAGAAGUCAUGUUCAAGUUGAUUCAACUUUGUCUGCUCCACCUAAAUUCAUUACACAGAUUGUCUCAUUAACAGGAUUAGUUGAAGGACAAUCAGCUCAUUUUGAAGCACAACUAUCUCCUCCAAAUGAUCCAUAUUUGAAGACUGAGUGGUAUGUUAAUGGUAAAUUACUUCCCAAUGGUCAUCGUUUCAGAACCUUCCAUGACUUUGGAAUAGUUAUUCUUGACAUUCUCGAUUGUGUUGCCGAAGAUUCAGGAGAAUAUGUGUGUAAAGCAAUUAAUAAAUUAGGAACAGAUAUCACAAGAGCAACAUUAAUUAUUAAAGCUAAAUCAUCCGUUAUUUAUGAUCCUCAAAUUCCACCAGAGAUGACAUCGAAUGAAAGAAUCAUUGAGAUAGAAGAGAUGAGAUCACGAAGACGUACUGAGAUCACGGAGGUGACUCGAAGUGAAGCUCCAAGGUUUAUAAAACCUUUAGAGAAUCCACCAGUUCUGAGAGAAGGUGAAAAUGCUCAUCUUGAGGCUAAAUUAACACCUACAGAUGAUCCUGAUCUGCAAGUAUUGUGGUUUAAAAAUAGUAUUGCGCUUCAAGCAUCUACGAGAAUGCGAACUAUUCAUGAUUUUGGUUUUGUUGUACUCGAAAUCAGUCCCAUUUAUCCAGCUGAUUCUGGAGUUUAUACAUGCAAAGCUGUGAAUAAAUUUGGUGAAGCUGUCACUACAUGUACUAUUCAAGUUACCGGUAAAAGAUCCAUUAUUUUAGAGAGUCAAUUACCUGAAGGAAUGGAGGGUGGAAUUGAAAAGAUUGCUGCUAUCGAAGAAGCCGCUAAUAAUAAGAUUAGUGAGGUCACUUUAGAUACCGAAAUUAAACAGGCACCCAAGUUUUUGAGUCAACCAGAUGAUCAAGAGCUACCCGAAGAUGCCAUGGCACACUUUGAGUGCCGAUUAACUCCUACUACAGACCCAACUAUGAAAGUCGAAUGGUUCUUUAAUGGACGAUCAUUAGUUACUGGAAGUCGUGUAAAAACUAUUUCUGAUUUCGGUUUCAUCAUUUUGGAAAUUGCUGGUGUCUAUUCUCGUGACUCGGGAAUUUACACAUGUAAAGCAUCCAAUGCAUAUGGUGAAGCAACGAUUUCCUGCCGAUUAACAGUAAAGUCAAAACAAUCUAUUAUUUUGGAGCCUCAACUACCUGAAUCAUUUAUCACGGGUACUGAAUCUAUUCAAAAGUUGGAGGAAAAUCUUUGGCGAACACCUGAAAUGAUUUAUGAUCAAGAAAAGUCAAUGCCGCCAAGAUUUGUCACUCAUCUUAAAGAGUUGGACAAGAUUGAAGGUGAAUCUGCUCAUUUUGAAUGUCGAUUAGAACCGGUGGGUGAUCCUCAUUUGCGUAUCGAGUGGUAUCAUAAUGGGGUUCUCUUGCUGACUGGAUCAAGAGUGCGAACUGUUAACGAUUUUGGAUUUGUCGUUCUCGAAAUCGAUUGGUUACUACCCAGAGAUACUGGUGAAUAUGUUUGUCGAGCAACAAAUAAAUUUGGUACUGAUGUGACAAAAGCAGUCUUGAAAGUUAAAUCGAAACGUGACAUUAUCUUAGAUCCUCAGCUUCCACCUGAAUUUUCAGUUGAUAAAUUAAAACAGUUGGACAUGAGAUCGAAGAGUGUUGCUAUUGAAGAAGAAUCCAAGCUUCAAGCUCCUCGAUACAUUACGCAAAUCCAAUCUCUUGAAAAUCUAGUCGAGGGAGACUCGGCUCAUUUUGAAUGUAAACUGCUACCUGUCGAUGAUCCAAAUCUUCGUGUUGAAUGGUAUCAUAAUGGUGAACCUCUUAUCACUGGCCAUCGAUUCAAAACCACUCAUGACUUUGGUUUUGUUGCGUUGGAUAUUUUAUACAUUCACCCAGAAGAUUCUGGUGAAUAUAUUGCACGAGCAGUUAAUCAAGUUGGUGAAGAUUUAACCCGAGCUAUUAUUAGAUGCCGCGCUCGACAAAAGAUUAUUUAUAAUCCACAAUUACCCAAAGAAAUGGAAAGUGGUAUCCAAAAAAUUGCUCAAAUCGAGUCAUCACGUCAAAGAUUUGAAAGUGCUGCUGAUGCUGGUAACCAAGAAAGAGGGCCUCCAAUGUUUGUUAUGAAACCUGAACCUCAAACAGUUCUUGAAGGAGAGUGGGCUAAAUUUUGCUGUCGUGUAAUUGGCUAUCCUCGACCUAGAGUCAUGUGGGUUCUCAAUGGUAACACCAUUAUUAAUGGGUCGAGAUACAAGCUUAGCUAUGAUGGAAUUUAUCAUUUGGAUAUUCCUAAAUCGAGACAAUAUGAUAAAGGCAAGGUCGAGGUUUAUGCUCGCAACAUUCUAGGUGAAGCCCAUUGUUGGACCUCGUUAGAUGUUAGACCAAGGAAUGAUGAUUAUCGGGCAGUUCUCAAACAUUCACCAAGGCCCUGGUACGAUUAUGAUAUAAGUAGAUAUCAGAAGGAGCGAAAAGAAACUGAAUUAGACAAAAUAUUUGAAGAGAAGCUCACACCUGGAGGAACCGAGAAAGAAGUUUGGAGAACUGAAGAACUCAGUGAAGAUGAAAGAGUCAAAAUAAGGGAAUUCCAAACAGAUCAAGAAGGAAGACCUGAAAUUAAAAAGUACACAACUGAAGCUGUUUAUGCCGAUAAAAAAGCUAUUCAAGAAGUCAAACCUGCCGGACAAUCAAAUGUUUCGUGGAUGGCUAAGUCUUAUCAGACUCAUGUUGAAUCCCAAUCGAAAGAUCCCCUCGAAUCUGUUGUGCAUGGUAAAGAGAUUUAUACUAAACAACAGAAGCAAAUUCAGAAAGAACUCCAAGGAGAUCUUGAGAUAACAAGAAAAAUCAAAACAACUGAAACGAUGUCACAAGAGCAUAAAGGAGUAACUAAAGAGAGACGAGUGAUUGGACCGCCAAGAAAAACGAAACCACCUGAAUUUACUAAGAAAAUACAACCUGUUCGUGUAUAUGAAGGUGAAAGAGCUACAUUUGAAUGUCACUUUUCCGGAGAUCCAGUUCCUACUAUCAUCUGGUUCCGUGAAAACUUUGAAAUUCAAAAUUCGAGAGAUUUCCAGAUUGAGACUACAGAUAAUAAGUCAAGUCUCACUAUCCGUGAAGUUUAUCUCGAAGAUUCUGGUGUUUUUUCGGUAAAAGCAGAAAAUGCUGUUGGUUCGGCAAAAAGUUCAGCCAAUCUUGUUGUUGAAGAACGCAAAGACCAUAAGUCGGGAGCUGUUCCUCCUAGUUUCUCCAAGACGAUUGAAGAUACUCGAGCAUCUGUUGGUGAAUUGGUUCGUCUUGACGCUAGAGUCAUUGGCUCUAAACCAUUGGAUGUAUAUUGGCUUAAAAAUGGUUCAAAAAUUUUACCCGGAGUCACUCAUAAAAUGAUUGAUGAUGAAGACCAAAAUACACUUCUUAUAUUGGAAGCUGUUCCUGAAGAUUCUGGUAAUUAUGAGUGUGUAGCCAUCAAUCAAGUUGGUGAAGCUCGAUGUCAAGCAAGAGUGGCCAUCGAUGGACCUAAAACCCCGUCAGUACCAUCAACACCAACCACACCAUUGUCAGGAAAGGAAAGACCACCGAUGUUCACCGAGCAAUUGAAAGAUAUUAAAGUCAAUGAAGGCGAACCAGUAACUUUCAAAUGUAAAAUUAGCGGAGUGUCAGCAUCUCAAGUUUCUUGGUACAAAGGAGAUAGUUUAAUUAAACAAUCUCGAUACUUCCGAAUGGGACACGAAAGAGAUGCAUUCACUUUGAAAAUAUCGGAAGCUUUCCCGGAAGACGAAGGUGUUUACAAGUGCAUAGCUACCAAUUCACUAGGGAGUGUUACCUCAUCAGCUCGACUUCAAGUGAUUCUUCCUGAUUCAUUGUCUUCUUCACCAAGCUUGAGUCCAUUACAAGAUCUAAGAGUUCCUGUUGGAAAUCCAGCUCGUUUUGUCACCUCUAUUUCAGGUUGUCCAACUCCAUCGAUAUCAUGGUACAGAGAAGGACAACUAAUUCAACAUACCCGCGAUUUCCAGAUGUUCCAAGAUAAUGCGUCUUGUUCUUUGGUUAUUCGUCAAGUUUACCCUGAAGAUAGUGGUACUUAUGUUUGUCGAGCAACAAAUGACAGUGGACAAGCUGAAACAUCUGCUCGAUUAAUUGUGGAACAAAUUAGGAAAUAAUUAAUUGAAGAUUUUCACUAUUAUUACUCAUCUAUAAUCUCAUAAUAAUGAUACCACUACAAUGGAUCUCAUCAAAACAUAUUCAUAAAUCUGUAACUCGUUGAAAUUUCAAACUUUAAAUAAUUGAAACUAAGCAACGGUAUCAAUUAAUAUAAAUUAUCUCGUGUUCUCGCCCUUUCACCGACAUUUUAUUUUAUUUUUGUCCUGUCUUGAUCAAUUGUUAUAUUAUUUAUGCUCAACUGUUCUUAAAUCAACUAUUGUUAUUUGCUUAAUGUUAACUGUUAUAUUUUGAAAGGGAAAACAAUUACUGUUAGAGUUAUUACUAUGGUUCAUGUUUCAAAGUACAUGGUGAUGAAUAGUCUUAAGUUCCCAAAGCUUACAGCAAAUACAUCUACAUGUAAUACUCUUAUAUACUCUUGUGGACUUGCAAACUGAUGUAAAUUUUGCUCACCAAUCAAUGAUAUAAAUAUAAUGUAUUAACUUUCUAACUACAAUUUAGCUCUGUUCUUAAUUAUAAUUGAUUAAUUGCAACUAUUCUUGAAGUUUGUUUUUCCUUUUCAACUUGAAUAACAAGUUGCUAAUUAAAUAAAUCAGAAUUUGUGUCAUUCUUUA